UUCCACAAUCUUUUGGCUUAUAACACAAGACCCCAUAAGCGACUGUAGUGAUUUCUUAAACCCACAUCCUCAUUCUGUUCCUGUCUUUCCACCACCUCUAUCUUCGCUCGAUCCGUUGCAUCAGAUAUCUCACCUUUCUCCUUCAGGAAGCCCCCAAUCUGUCCUCAUUGUGAUAUUGGUGAUAAUGGCAACAGCUCACCCGAUUCUCUGUCAAACUGCCGCAGAAUGGCGAGAGGAGGUCCGGGAAAGGAACCUCCAGGGGAAGUCGCUGGCGGUAUCCCCGAAUAACCUGCAAUCCGGCUCCAGAGUAACGGAAGAGCAAUUCCUGCUCUUCAGAACGUUGUUCCCGCCGACAAGAGAGUGCUUCGAUGCCAACCUCUUCGGGCUGUCUGUUGAAUAUCAACAGGCUGGUGUUCUCCUUCUGGGAAGUGCGGAUUUCCAAGCAUACCUGCAGAGGAUUUCCGGCGGCGCCACGAGCCUAAGCCAAUGGCACCAAGACACUUUGUUCAAGGUGCCAUUGGCGCAGCAGCAGCAGGCUUUCCUGUCAGGAGGGUCAAAGUUGACCCGUCGCUCUGAAUCGGUGGUGAAUGCGUCGAUCAUCUCCUACUUACAAGCCCUGAGUAUGGUAGCUACGCCGAUCAGCGGCGAAUGGAGCGCGAACAGGAUCCCACUCGAAGCGGACUUUGGCAGUGGUCGAAAGUUCACUGCUGUCACCGAUGGGCAGCUGCAGGAGGUGACGACCAAGCACAUCUUGGCGCUUGUCGAGUGCAAGCGGGACGAAAGACUGAGGCACAGUCCUCAAGUCGAAUUCCAGGAGACUGCCCAGAUGGUGGCCUGGAUCAGAGAAUUUCCGGACGCUGCUCCGAGACCCUGGACGGAUCCGAACUAUACGUUUGCAUCUUUGAAUACGGCCGAAGCUGGAAAAGUUAUCUCAAUGGAGUUGCUCUUCUUCGUGGUUAUCAGCGUAGUCCGCUGUAUAAUCACUGGAUCUAUUAGGCGCGUUAUGCCCGGCCGUUUAUUGAACUCAACGCCGGCGCAACGAGGAGCCCACUACCUACUUGGCACAGUCAGGAACUAA